AUGGUACAGACCCCAACAGGAAAAAGAGAGCCGGCAUGGAAAAGACUCGGGCUUAAAAUAAAGAGAAGUUUAGCAGAUGAUCCUCUAGCUAUAGCACCAGUUCAUUUGGCGGGUAUAUCAACAGAAGAUGAUAGUAGUAGUACAAUAGAGUCGGAAGCAACCAAGACAGAAACAGAGAGCAAAAAAAGAAAGCUUGAAAAAUUAGAUAAAGACCAAACUAUAGAGACCAAAAGCGUUAAAAAGAGUAAGAAAGCACCAAAAAGGAAGAAAUUGCCAAAGAAUAAGAGGCCUGCACCUCCUGAAAAAGAUCAACUUGCAUACCUUCGAACAUUUUACAAGGAUAAGGAGCAUUGGAAGUUUUCAAAGCAGAAACAGAACUGGCUUCUGAGAAAUAUAAGACAGAUUCCUGAGAAGUAUGAUGAUUAUCUUAAGGCGUAUUUAUCAACGAUGAAGGGAGGGUCCCGAGAUCGACUUAUACAGGAGAUGAAGGAGGUUGUAGAAAAGUGGAAUCUACAAAUAGAGAUUGCUGCGAAAGAGUUGGAGGAGAAGAAGAAUGAGAAUGUAAAGGAGGAAGGGGAAAAUAAGGAGGAAAAGGGUGAAGAAGAAGAAGAAGAAAAAGAGAAUGAGGAUCAAGAGAAUGAGGAUAAGAAGGACGAAGAUAAGAAGGAUGAGAAUAAGAAAGAUGCUGAUGAGAAGAAGGAGGCUGAUGAGAAAAAAGAUGAGGAUAAUAGUGUUGAUGUGAAGUAUGCGAUGAGAGCUGCAGCAUUGUAUAAUUUGAUGGCAGGUGAAGAGAUAGAAAUAAAUGGAAUUGAAGAGGAUGAUGAGAAGGAUGAAAAGGAGGAGAAAGAGGAGAAAGAGGAGAAGGAUGAAGAAAUUGAAAAACCCUCCGAACUUGUGGUGGAGGAUAUAGAUGUCAAGGAUUAUAUAAGCAAGGACGACUAUCGAAUUGAUUUGGAUGAUAUUGAGGAUGAUAAAGAUGAUGAAGGUAGGAAUGAUGAUAAAGAAGAAGAAGAAGAUAAUGAUGAUAAUAAUGACGAUACGGAAGAUGAUGAAAAAAAUGAAGAAAAGAAAGUUAAAGCAAGUUCAAAAGAUAAAGAUAAAGAUCACCAUAAGCAUCACAAGCACCACAAACAUCACCAUAAACAUUCAACCAAUCAAACAGAUGGCGGAAAAAGAAAGAAUCACAAGCAUAAGCAUGCCCAUAAGAAGCAUGGGACUGAGAACGGCAAGAAGUAA